AUGGAGAACUAUGAUGUCUUGGAGCAGAUUGGGAAAGGCUCCUUCGGUUCUGCAUUGCUUGUUAGACAUAAACAAGAGAAGAAGAAGUAUGUUCUGAAGAAAAUCCGCCUUGCUCGACAGACUGAUAGAACACGUAGAUCUGCUCGCCAGGAGAUGGAGCUCAUUUCCAGAGUUCGAAAUCCGUAUAUUGUCGAGUACAAAGACUCCUGGGUGGAAAGGGUAUGUACAGAAUGCAUGAAAAACAAUUUACCCCACAGUAAUGGCAAUUUUGACUGUUUACAUGGAUUUUUUCGGCAGGGUUGUUACGUUUGCAUUGUGAUCGGGUACUGUGAGGGUGGAGACAUGGCUGAAGCCAUUAAAAAGGCCAAUGGAGUUCAUUUUUCCGAGGAGAAACUUUGCAAGUGGCUGGUACAACUAUUGAUAGCGCUCGAUUACUUGCACACUAACCACAUUCUACACCGUGAUGUGAAGUGUUCAAACAUAUUUCUGACGAAAGAUCAGGACAUACGUUUAGGGGAUUUUGGUCUUGCUAAAAUAUUAACCUCUGACGAACUAGCUUCUUCUGUUGUGGGCACACCGAGUUAUAUGUGCCCCGAGCUUCUUGCUGAUAUACCAUAUGGUUCAAAAUCGGAUAUUUGGUCCUUGGGAUGCUGCAUUUAUGAAAUGGCUGCUCACAAGCCUGCAUUUAAAGCCUUUGAUAUACAAGGUCUGAUCAACAAAAUAAAUAAAUCCAUAGUAGCUCCACUUCCAACCAUGUAUUCUGGUCCCUUCCGUGGGCUCGUUAAGAGUAUGCUCCGCAAAAAUCCCGAGAUUAGACCGAGUGCUGCAGAUUUGCUGAAAAGUCCGCUUCUUCGCCCCUAUAUACUCGACAUUCAUCUCAAAUCCAACAAUCUCAGACGACACACUUUUCCACCUCAAUCAUCAGAACCUAAUUUUGUCAAGAAAACGAGAUUUACAGAGUAUGAAGCUGUUGUCAAAAGGGAGAAACUUCUAUCGUUCGGCAAUGAUAGGGCUCUUAAUCCCAGCAUGUUCGGCAAUGAUAGGGCUCUUAAUCCCAGCAUGUUCGGCAAUGAUAGGGCUCUUAAUCCCAGCAUAUCGGAAAAUGACCUGAAUACUCAUUGUUCCUCUGAAAGAGCUCGCAAAUCCUUGAGCCAAUUGAAUGAGAAAUUAUCCGACAUUUCAGUCGAGGACAUGGGUGUAAAGAAACCGGUUACGGCAAAAUUCUCAGCAUUGAAAUCCCCAAGAAUGGUUUCGACGAAAGCUUAUAAUGCCAAUCCCAGAAGACAGCCGUUGACUCCUUCGAGAAUAUCAAAUCCUGGAUCAACUCGUGAAUUGCUCCCGGUUUCACACACCCCGGCCCGAAAGCCCUCCCUCCCAAUAUCAAGACGGGCUUCCCCUAACACUCCCGGCCCGAACCUUCUCUCUGGGCCCGUUUCCCCAGACGUGUCGGUCAACGCCCCGCGAAUGGACAAGAUGGUCGACGAGCUCCCGAUCCUUUCCGGGCCCCGCCGGGCCUCCUCGGUUUCCGCCACUAAGGACAAUAUCACGAGCGAGUGGUCGGAGAACGGCCGGUCGUCCUCCGACAACUCGCAGCGGGUUCGCAGGUUCAACACGCGGUCUUACCAACAGCGGGCGGAAGCUCUCGAGGGGCUGCUCGAGUUCAGCGCGCAGCUGCUGCAGCAAGAGAGGUUUGACGAGCUGCAGGUCCUGCUGAGACCGUUCGGGCCAGAGAAGGUGUCCCCGAGAGAGACCGCCAUUUGGCUAACAAAGAGCUUCAAAGAAAAUGUCGUAUGA